AUGCAAGCGCCGCGGCGUCUAUUUAGCGAGCUCUUACAGCUCUCGACUCGGCGGCCCGUCCCUCCUCAUCCGAGUUCUCGAGCGUGGCGAGGAAGCUGGAUCCCUGCCGCUGCCGCUGCCGCUGCCGCUCUUCCUCAAGGAUGUCGUCCUCUGCACGCCUCUGUCUGCUCAAGACACCCCCGACCGACACCCGUAUCCUCCUCGACGCGCUUGGCCGAUGGCCAUGAUAGCCAGGAACAUGUACAGCAACGCCAGACUAUCCGGCCAGGGGAGCGAGGGCGCGAACGUGAGCCCCAGUCUCCACGCCGCCGCAAGGGCCCGGCCACCGUCGGUACUUUGCUUGCUAGUGGCGGGCUCUUGUCUCUCUUCGUCGGCCUCUCGGAGCCCUUCCAUGUGCCCACUCAGGACGAAGCAGAUGCCUCCGACCCGGCCCCGUCUACCGACGACCGCGACCCGUCCAUCCCUCGCUUCAGGCUCUCCGAGAUCCGAAAACAUGAUGCCAAAUCCGGCAGCCCGUGGGUUACCCAAGGCGACAAGGUCUACGAUAUUACUGACUGGGUUGAUGCCCACCCUGGAGGUGAAGUCAUCCUCCGUGCCGCUGGAGGUAGCAUUGAUCCCUACUGGAACAUCUUUACCAUUCACAAGUCGCCCCAUGUCUAUGAAAUUCUCGAACAGUACUUGAUUGGCUUUAUCGACUCGGACGACCUUGUCGACGGCAAGCCCGCAGCUCAGGAAAUAGAGGACCCCUUUAAGCACGAUCCUAGCCGUGAUGAGAGGCUCAUCACCCUCACACCCAAGCCUCGCAAUGCAGAGACACCGGUGGAAGGCCUGGCAGACAGCUAUCUCACUCCUAAUGAGCUCUUUUACGUGCGCAACCACAUGUGGGUUCCCCAGGUCGACGAUACUUCCGACUACACCCUCAAGAUUGAGCUCCUCGACGGCACUAUCAAGGAGUACACGCUCGAUGACCUGAAGACUAAGUUCAAGCCAACCACUGUUGUGGCUGUUUUGCAAUGCUCAGGCAACCGUCGAAGCGACAUGACGCGCAACGCGAAGAAAACCAACGGACUCCAGUGGAACGUCGGCGCUAUCUCCUGUGCGGAAUGGCAGGGCGUUAAGCUCACCGAUGUACUUGCCGAUGCCGGUAUUCCUGUCCUUGAGGCCAUGACUGGAGAUACGGAGGCCAAGCACGUUCAGUUCUCAGCGCUCGAAGCCUAUGGCGCGUCAAUUCCCAUCGAAUCUGCUCUGGACCCUCGUGGCGAUGUUCUGCUGGCCUAUUCGAUGAAUGGCAAGCCGCUGCCCCGAGAUCAUGGUUACCCUCUCCGUGCUCUUGUACCUGGCCACGUCGCCGCUCGUUCUGUCAAGUGGUUGAGCCAGAUCACUAUUUCUGAUGAAGAAAGCCAUAGCCAAUGGCAGCGCAAAGAUUACAAGUGCUUCGGCCCCAACGAGACGAGUCCCGACUGGGACCGUGCUGCGCCCAUUCAAGAGAUGCCCAUCACAAGCGCCAUUACUACCGUCAGAUUAGGUGACUGGCAAACAACAACAAAUGACUCGGCGGCAGACGAGACUGCCAGCAGCCUCCGCGAAGCAUCUCUCAUGGGGUAUGCGUACUCUGGUGGCGGUCGCCGAAUCGUGCGUGUUGAUGUGAGCGUCGACAGUGGCAAGACUUGGGACCAAGCUGAGUUGCUCGACGAACCCGGAGCCCCGUCAAAGGCCGGACACAAAUCCUGGGCAUGGAAGCGCUGGCGGUACGACGGUGUAGUACCUCUUGGUGAGCCAGGCGAAGGGAGCAAGAAGUGUACUACGCUGCUGGUCAAGGCCACGGAUGAGGCGUACAAUUCGCAACCCGAGAGCUACGCGGCCAUCUACAACCAGCGAGGGAAUCUGGCCAACGCAUGGCAUCGGCUGAAGAUUUGCUCCGAUUGUGCCGUCCACGCCGUGGUCACGGCCAAGUAA